AACAACCGACCGCAAUCGAAGCCGACCAUCCUAACUUCGGCCGGCCAACCGCCAUUUAAACAACACCAUAGUAUCGAAUUUUAUUACCGAUUUUCAACAUGUCUGACAAGGAUAGGGAAAAGCAAUACAAAUACCGGCAGGAAAUCCAGCAAGUUCCGAAGUCAUAUUCGAGGAUUGGACUUUACACCACCUGGGCAGCUUUGAUGGCUCUGGUUCCAAAACGGCGGCUUGUUUAUAGGGAGUCGAUACUGGACGCGUUGCCUGUCAUGGACCCUACCGAUACCGCGAUAUGUCAGGUUGAGUAUCAGUUCAACUCUCGCUCACUUUGGGGUUACAUGCCUGGCUUCCGUUUCCUCCUUUCCUGAGAGAGCUUGCCAUGCAUCUAGACGCGAGUACCGUACCGCCGUACCCUCUGCAAUACUCGCCCUGCCCGUUGGAACCCCUCCGGCCUCCUCCAGCGACCUUCUCUCUC